GUCGCAUUCUUAUCUGACCCAUACCGGGGGUAUAUACACCGGGGUAUACAUAUACAUAUACAGCAUACGAGGACUGAAGAGAUUAUCGAGCGAAAUGACAAAAUCAAAACAAGGCGUUUUCUCCUGGGAAGAUGUCCUCGCGCAGCGAUACCUAAAUAAUCACCCCAGACACCAACCCCAACCACACCCUCGCCACAACCACGAGAUCCAACACAUUCAACACAUCCAAAACAACUCCCUAGACCAAACAAGCUACUACCCCUUCCAACCGCACUCCUCGCUCCUCGCAAAACUCUCCCCCGAACUCCGCCUAUUGAUAUGGAAGUACGUCCUCGGCGGGAAAUGCAUACAUAUUGUUCAAUGGGCGAAUCGGCGGAUGGGAUAUGUUGUUUGUCCUGAUUCGGACGGGAAUGGGAAUAAGGAUAAGGACAAGGGGAGGAAGGGGAGGAUGUGUGAUGUUUGUCAGACGGGGUUACCAUCGCGACGGGCGUGUGCGAAACGAGGGACGGAUACGACGUCGAGGGGGUUGUUAGGGGUUAUGCUUGUUUGUAGGCAGAUAUACACAGAAGCAGGACACAUCCUCUACACAAACAAUACCUUCACAAUCCCCUCGACUUGGUCCCUUCCCUACCUCCUCUCUUCACACACACCCCCUUCACCUAAGUCCACACUACCUCCCUCAUCCCCAUGGACAACAAACCUUCGGUCAUUGACCCUCCACUACGCCUUCCCCGGCCACUGGCUCCCCAGCAAAGACCCCGUGAAGCAAAUAUACUUCACCUCCGGCCGUGCGCAAUGGCUACACACCUGCGCCGCUGUAUGUUCACUCACACAUCUUGAAAAAUUCACGUUGGUGCUUAAUGGGGGGUGGUUUGCGGAGAGUGUAUCGCGGAUACUGGUGUUUUUGGAGCCGUUGCGGGAUGUUACUAUCUGUAACCGGGGUACGAGGAGGAGGGGGAUAGGAGAGGAAGAUGGGGAUGGGGAUUCUGGGGGAGGAGGGUGUUGGGAGGUGGUACUACCCAAACAACCAUAUUACGUGAAUGAGGUGGGGAGGUUGGAUGCUGAGGUUAGGGGGAGGGGGUUGGGGUGUGUUUUUAGGGUUUAAUUCUCUAUCUUUUUUUCUAUAUCCCUACUACUGUACAUACUCCGGAGUCUUUAUGCUAGACUAUCCUUAUGCAGCAUAAAACGGCUAAUGUUUAUGCUGGCAACGCACUAACCAAAACCAGCAAAAGAACGCUCCCAAAAUAACCCCCUCCGCCCCGCGGGGAGCGCCCAUCGUAAUUAAACACAAUACGCUAGUCUCAGCUCAGGGUCUGGUCGGGGAACGACACAAUUACCAUGUACGGCGUAGUGCAGGACUAUUCUGAAACAUGCAGUGGUACCAAGACGGGACGUUGAUGAUUGUUGUCAAAAGAGGCAGUUGGAUUUGCUAUGCUAUGCCGCCGAUAUGAAAGAAAUGCAGAUUUUGUUUCACGAGUCCUCCCGUCAUCAUCAUAGUAGUAGUAGUAGUAGUAAAGAAAGAAAUUAGAUCUUCAAUCACGCCUCCGACCCAUGGUCCCUUGACCCAUAUCCAAUUAAAAUUUAUAGUAAAUCGCUUGAC